AUGCAAAAGUGUAUCGACUAUCUACCUCGAAAGAGCUUCAAUACAUACGGUGUUGUUCUUCUCACGUUAUUCGGGUUGUUUGCUCUCGUAAUUAUAAGCAUCUCGGGUUCUUUAGCCUUCGACACAUCAUUUCAUUGUUUUGACAAGACUGUUUCAAAGACGAAGGAGGUAUCUCUAAUAAAGAACAUCAACAUAAAAUGUUCCCUCGAGUAUCAAGAGAAAUUCCUCUUUAUCCUACCUACGUAUGCUAUGUUCAUCUUGAACUUUGGCAUUGUCUUUGAUUUGAGUAUCGCGUGGUUGGCCUUCAAUGACAGAGAUUUUAUGAAUGACGAAGAAUUUUGUACGGUGUACUUGUUGAGAAAACGAAAAAGAAUUAGAAAGUUUUUGAACAAAAUUCGAGAGAGAUUCAAUGGCGAGGAGGUAUUUGGAUUAACAGAUGAUUUUGGCGGUACUGAAAUUUUCAUGCGACCUCUUGAAGAUAUAUAUGUUAAUGUUGUCAUUCAAGAAGGGAGAGAACGCAUGAACGCUUACCCGAGGGAAUUUGAAAGGCAUGAAAUUUACCAAUCCCAUCUCGAAACCCCAAGGAAAGUUACUAAGCUUACGAGCACAGCUGAUAUAUUUAAACCAACAAAAAGCAGAAUGAUGCAGUCAUAUCCGCGAACCAUCCUUGUUAUAGGCAGACCAGGAAUUGGUAAGACCAUGUUAACAAAGAAAUUAUUACAUCAAUGGAAAGGAAAAGAAGACGAGUUCUGGCAUGGGAAAAUUGUUAUCUUGCUUCAAUUUCGUACAUUUAACAACAUAACUGUUACUCUUCGAGAAAUGUUUGGUUUUGCUAAAGGACUGUCAUCAGAUGACUUUGAAACUGUAUAUGAUUUUAUAUUGUCCAACCCAACUAAUAUCGUUAUUCUUUUUGAUGGAUUAGACGAACUAAAUGUUGACAGCGUGAUUUCGUGUACAAAUAGAGAGACAGUUAAUAGUCUGAAUGACAAGAUGCCGAUGUUUUUAAUUUUUAAAAUGUUAGUUCAUGGUAGACUGCUACGAGGUGUCACAAUAUUGACCACGUCACGGCCCACGGCACAGCAUCUGUUUCGUGACCUAAACUUUGAAAGAACAGUUGAGGUCUUGGGUUUUUUCGAGGAGCAAAUUAAGCAGUAUGUUUUUAAAUUUUGUGACAAUGAUAGUACCAGUAAUUGGAUUUGGAAUCAAAUUCAAGGAUCAGCUGAAAUGCGCAGCUUGUGUUAUAUACCUGUCAAUAGUUAUAUUGUUUGUUUAACUUUAAAGGAAAGCAUUGAAAAUGAUGGAAGUGGAUUACAACUUCACGAGAGUUUAAACAACAAGAGUAGUCUAGGAACUAUAACUGAACUGUACAAAAGAGCAGUAAAAGUCUUACUAUAUCGACACCAUCCAAAAUAUAGGUCCCAACCAAUACCAAGUGAUUACCUCAUCAUCCCUUUUCCCAAAGAACUCGAAAAAGACUUGAUGGAGCUAAAAGAAGUUGCAAAAACGGGAAUUUGUGACGGCCAGUUGAUUUUUGAACGAACAAGUAGAGAUGAAUUUGGAGACCUAGCCAAUUGUGGCUUGUUUACCAAAUUACCAGACAAACAACGGAACUUGUUUUGCUUUCUACAUUUAACACUGCAGGAAUUUCUUGCGGCAGCAAAGGUGGUUGACGAUAUGGACAAAGUUAUACAAUUUUUGGAUAAUCAUGUUAAAGAUCCCAAGUGGCAUUUGGUGAUACAGUUUGUCGCUGGCUUAGUUGGAGAUAAAAUUAGAGAAGAUCCAAAAAAAUAUAAGAACCAAAAGGUGCUAGCUGAUAUUCAGAAAAGGUAUUAUAUUUUCCGUAUAGUAUACUGCGUAUUACUACAAAUCUGAACGGAGCAAAGUCAGAUUUUUAGUUUAGGCAGACUUCUUCUAGUCUGAGGCGAACCUAAAAACCGGGACCAAAAACCGGUGGCUUAAUAUUCGAUCGAUUCUUGUUUGUGGAUUUGAGAUGAUAUUUAUGACAUACUCGGAUACUCCUAAUUUAUAAGUUAUUUUUGCCUAACAAUCUUCUCUUGAACAGUAAAAUUGUCUGAUGUUAGUACACAGAAUAAAAUACAGCAAUGCGGAUUGGGGCGCAUCGUGAUCACGUAUGGCUAGGACUGCAGUAUGUUCAAGAAUAAAGGCGUUUUCUCUUUUUGAGUAAAAUAAUAAAGUUGUGAGCAUUGUCGCGUACUGGGUUAAGUAGAUGAUGUCAAUAGCCAACAUUUCUCUUUUGAACAUUAAAAUAAUUAUUGCGACAUAUAUGAGUAACGGGUCUAUUAGUACAUAAAGCAGACAAAAUUAGCAUAUGCUAUAUGUUACGAGAGACACAAGCUUCUUUGAAAUACCUUGAAAUGCAUGAGCAGAGUAACUGUUGUGAUUUUUAAAUUACAACAGUCAUCUGCAGGGCCGCCAAUAGGCUGCUCAGCGCAAAACUUUUCCAGGCAACCUAUGACGUCAUAAUUGUAAAACAGGAG